AUGACACAAGCUCCGACAGAAAACAUCAAAGCUCCUGUGGACAAGGUGCAAGCUACGUCAAACGAAGUCAGUGGUCAGUCUCUACUCGAGGAGCUGUUCCCCGAGGCUAGCAUUGCCCCUCCAGCUGGUCAGGCAGAGAAGCAGGAGCACUAUCCCAAGCUUGAUCCGCCAAAACCCACGAACCGCAUCACUCGGAUGCUUGUUGAUCGCCCGAAAUCACCCAAGGAGCUCAUGAUCGAGUCCCUCCAGAAGCGUGGUGAACAGGUCACUGUUCUACAGCUGGAACAUUGCAGCACCGAGCUGACGGAGAUCGAUUUCCGACGUCUCAUUCCAAAGGGUGAGCACAUGGAAGUUUUGAGUCGGUUUGGCGCGUACUACAAGGUCAUUCCUGGUCGUGAUCCUUUGAGCCUUGAGCGCUUACCCUUCUACUUUCUCCUCUUCAAGUCGCCAGAGUCUGCGUAUGCCUACCAGAGAAACGCCUCUCGUCUCCACAAACUUGCCGCUCUCCACCAGCCUUCCAGCAUAUUCUCUGCCAUACCCGCGCCAAAAGGCUUCCUCGAGGACGGCGAAGACGUCAAUGCAGUCACCACCUCGUAUCUCCUGAGACCCACUGAGCACGCCUUCACGCUACGCGCAAUUAUGCAGCCUUACGAUUCUGCUCUUCGCACCUUGAUCGAACAAGGCGGGUACAAGCCGAUUGUGCCAGAAAUUGAUGGCAAGCGAAAUCGCAUCUACAAAGUCUUAAUGUACAUCGAAGGAUAUGAGCCAAGUAUCUCCGACCUGUUUAAGACACUCCGCCAAGACGCAUUCAACCGCGGCAUGCCCUUUACAUUGCGCAACGAGUCCUGUUCUUCUGUCCAUCGCCUCCGUGACCUGAUCGACCUUUCUGUACACACGCUUUCUAUCUCGUCAAGCAAUCCAUGGGCACAUGAGGCGCAGAAUACCAGGCUCCAAUUUCAGGAUCCGGCAAUCGCGUCCCUUUUGAAGUCUGGAAUCCCUGAAGACGCGUCAAAUGCGAAGGAGGUGAACCAGAUGAUUAUGAACCGCGUGUACAACAGGUGGAUACUGGAGUUUGACGAUGAAGAUGAGGCGCGACGGUUCGCUAUCUCGUGGCACAGGCGCUUGCUGCCGGAUUUUGCUGGGACCGAGAGGACUUGGAAGGAUUAUGAGGAGGUGAGGAUGUGUAAUACUGAGCUUUUGUGGUGA